AUGGCAGCCGCAGCUGUGAUGCCAGCCUCCAUUCCAGCCCAGGCCAAGCCGGCCUGGAAACCCAUCAUCAUGGAGCCCCAAGCUUCCAAGGCGGACGAUGUUGAGUUUGACCCCGACCUGCACCUUUCCUUCAAGGAGGCUCCCAAGGUGCACACCAUGACGGACCUUGGCCUGCCCGAGGACACAGGAAUCUCACCGAUUGCAGUCUCAGAGCCCUUCCCGCUCUUCACAUUUGACGCCGUGAUGCGGAUGAGGCAGGAGAUUCUGAGCCCGGAGGUGCUCGGCAACUGCCAGUACUCCAGCAAUCUCGCUCAGUGCCAGCUGAGAGGAUUUGUGAACAAGUACGCCCCAUUCGUCUACGACGUAUGGAAGAACCCCAAGACACUAGCGAUCGUGUCCAAGAUCGCGGGGAUCGACCUGGUGCCCGAGAUGGACUUCGAGCUCGCGCACGUCAACAUCUCGGUCAAGUCGGAGGAAGAGCGGGAGGAGGAGCUUGCGGCCUUCGCCGAGCGGGCCGAGUUCGAGGCCGACGAGGGCAUCGCGGGCUGUCCCUGGGAGGACGACAAGCCCAUCGUCGACUGGCACACCGACAGCUACCCCUUUGUCUGCGUGACCAUGCUCAGCGACUGUCGGACUAUGAUUGGCGGCGAGACUGCGCUUCGCACCGGGACCGGGGACAUCAUGAAAGUGCGCGGCCCGCAGAUGGGCUGCGCCGUCAUCCUGCAGGGCAGGUAUAUCGAGCACCAGGCCCUGCGCGCCCUGGGCGCCGCCGAGCGCAUCAGCAUGGUGACGUCGUUCCGGCCGCGCUGCCCUUCGGUGCGCGACGACACGGUGCUCACAACCGUGCGGCCCAUCUCAAUCGUGUCGGAGCUGUACAACCAGUUCGCCGAGUACCGGCUCGAGAUCCUCGAGGAGCGGGUGCGGCAGCAGCUCCGGGAGCUGCGCGACGCGCACGCGGCCGGGCGGCGCGUGGCCACCAAGAAGCUCAAGGCCUUCCUCGAUGAGCAGGAGCGCUUCCUCGCCCACAUGAACCGCGAGAUGGUCGACGACGAGCGCGUCGUUAGGGGUAGUAUUGACGACAGCCACCUGCUCAAUCCCAAGACCGAGUCCAAGGUCGAGCCCACGUCCAAGAAACGCAUGCGGCGUAUGUGA